ACAUCUAUCUGCUGGCUAACAUCAGCUAACAGAAACAACACCCUCAACAUCUUUUGUAGAGAGAGUAUCGACAAAGUGUCCCGUGCGUCGCGUAGUGCGUCCCCGUAGUAUCUACUAUUACUACUAUUUACAAAAUAUAGUAUGAUCAUCGAUUGAUGGAUUCACUAUUGCAGUACGGUGGUGAUCUGAUAAGCAAUCACCCGCUGACGGAGAUGGCCUACACCGAUCCGAACAACAACGACGAAUUCGAAACGAACAUCGCAUCGCCCUCGAAGGAGGACAAGUACUCGCUGCGCCCCAGGUCCGUGCGUAGGGUGACAGAAGUGGCGACAAAGCCGGAGUCGGCGCCCGUCCAGAAAGUCAAGAACCACAAGCCCAAGCAGAAGCCGGCGCCGUUGAGCAAGUACAGACGCAAGACUGCAAACGCUCGCGAACGCAACCGGAUGAGGGAGAUCAACCAGGCCUUCGAGACGCUCCGGAGGGUCAUCCCGCAGAUGGCAUCGACGCAAGCCGCAGCAGCCACCGCCGCCAACGAGAAGCUCACUAAGAUCACGACCCUUCGACUGGCCAUGAAGUACAUUUCUUCGCUAAGCGCGGCCCUCAACGAUCCCGGAAACGUGAGCGGUUUCAUCGAGUCGGCCUUCUCUGAUUGCAGCGACCUGGACUGCCUUCUUCUCGAAUCCGACGGGGAAUCCCUGCCGCUCUCUGACCAUUCAUCCCUCCUAGCAUCCCCCGACUUCCCAGAACCGUCGCUCUCGCCCGUAGAUUUCGGUGAUCCCAGCACCCUUCCCAACUUCCUCCACUCGGACUUCUCCGACCACGGCUUAGAACAAUCGGACUUCAGUGACUUCCUCCUCACGUAACACCCAGUGCAGCGCUAAAACAAUUACACACCUUGUAAAUAAUCCCCCAAAACGAACGCACGAACUGAAUCUGAAACGCAUCUUGCCUUAGUGAUUGUAUAAUAUGGAGAAAAACAAGAUUUUAUUAUUAUUAUUUUUUUAAUUGUCAGUGUUUC